AGGCGUCUCUUUCGAUCUCUCAACAUGGCCUCCAAGCCCAACCUCCGAACCCUAACCCUAACCAUGGCGAUGUCAGAGGAAGACGACGACGAUUUUCAGAACCCUAGCGAGGCAUUCUCCAUCGCCCAGAAUCGGAUCGUGUCUUCCAUGAAAGAUCCUUGCUUGCGAACACUGAAGUCCUCCACUGGCGCCCGCCCAAGGAAGCGGCCGCGGAAGCUUGCCUCCGCCGAAGGUAAGGAGAAUCUUGAAGACGCGGAAUACAUCGCUGUCUGUACGAGCGUUCCCAGCACGUUGUGCGUGGGGGAGGAGCGCAUGAGAGCGGAAAGGAGGAACUCUUCCUUGGAUUCUGGUCCUGGGUCACUGGAGACUUCUAUCUCUACAUCUGAUUGCCGUAUUCAUUUUGAGCGCGACCCUGUGGUGCAUUUUGAUGGUGUAAGUGGCGUUGAGAAAGAAAAAUCUUUUCUUCUGACUUCUGUUGAUCCGAAAGUGGUGAAAAGUGGGGGAAAUGAAGGUGACGGUUCAAGAAUUUCUGAGGGCACUUACUAUUCCAGAUCGAUAGAAUCAAGGCUGUUGGAAUCAAGAGCGAAGCCAGUCUCUAACAUAGACGAAGGUGGUUGCUUGAGAGUGGAUGAUUGGGAGGAUUUCGAUGCAGGCACCCAGCUUAAUGAACUGAUGAAUCUCUGCUGCGAGAUGGACGAUGGAGGUUCCUCACACGGUGGAGCCUCACUAGAAGCAAAUGAGGUUGAUGGUGAGACGGCGGAAUUGAAACAAGGUGGCUUAGUGGAGUGUCCACUAUGUGGGAUAGACAUUACUGAUAUAAGUGAUGAACUGCGACAGAUUCACACUAAUAAUUGCCUAGAUAAAGUUGAAACUUUGGAGGUGGCUGAUCCUAUUUCUGAGAUGAAGUCAAAUGCAUCUGAAGGAGUUGUUGAUAUCAGCCCUGUUACUCAAUGGUUACAAUCUCUGGGGCUGUCCAAGUAUAAAGAUAUUUUUGUAAAGGAAGAGAUUAAUUGGGAAACACUUCAGUGUUUAACGGAAGAGGAUCUGCUCGGUAUAGGUAUAGAUGCACUGGGACCUAGAAAGAAGAUAGUCCAUGCACUCAAUGAGCUUCGAAGAAGGAACCAUCUUCCAGACACAGACAAAAAUAUUUCCAGUGCAGCAAUUGUAGAGAACAUAAAACCACAUUUUUCUGGAAAUAAGUUGAUUACGGAGUACUUUCAAGGUUCUGUUGUUGAUAGGCAUAGUGUACGUAACCACAACAAACCACUAAAUGGGAGGAUCACAAAGGAUUCAAUUCCUAAGAGAAAGCCCACUAGAAACACUGUCAGUAAGGGAAAAGUUAGAGAGAUUCCACCAUGGUGUUGCAUACCUGGGACACCUUUUCGAGUGGAUGCAUUUCGAUAUUUAAGAGGAGAUUGUUCCCAUUGGUUUUUAACACACUUCCAUAUGGAUCAUUACCAGGGUCUCAACAAAAACUUCUACCAUGGAAAGAUCUAUUGCUCCUCAAUCACUGCACACUUGGUCAACAUGAAGAUUGGUGUGCCAUGGGACAGACUGCAAAUUUUACCUCUGAACCAAAAGAUCACUGUUGCAGGUGUUGGUUUGACAUGCUUCGAUGCAAACCACUGUCCUGGGUCAAUAAUAAUCCUUUUUGAACCACCUAAUGGCAAGGCAGUUUUACACACGGGAGAUUUCCGCUUUUCCAGAGAGAUGGCCAACAAUGCUGUAUUGCAGUCAUGUCAUAUUCAUACGCUUAUCCUUGACACCACCUACUGUAACCCUCAAUAUGACUUUCCAAAACAAGAGGCAGUUGCACAGUUUGUAAUUGAGGCAAUUCAAGCAGAGGCUUUCAAUCCAAAAACUCUGUUCUUAAUUGGUAGCUACACGAUUGGAAAAGAGAGGUUGUACCUAGAAGUUGCUCAAAUAUUGAGACAGAAAAUAUACGUUGGGGCUGCAAAGCUACAAUUGUUGAGGCAUUUGGAGCUCGCUGAGGAGGAAAUGCAAUGGUUUACAGCAAACGAAAUGGAGAGCCACAUUCAUGUUGUUCCUUUGUGGACUCUAGCAAGCUUCAAACGAAUGAGAUACAUAUCCAAUCAAUACUCUGCUCGCUAUGAUCUCAUAGUUGCUUUCUCACCUACUGGUUGGGCAUGUGGAAAAGGCAAAAAAAGGACUCCUGGGAAAAGGUGGCAGCAGGGUACCAUGAUCAGGUAUGAAGUUCCAUACAGUGAACAUUGCAGCUUCACAGAGCUGAAAGAGUUUGUUAGAUUGGUCACUCCGGAACAUAUAAUUCCAAGUGUAAAUAAUGAUGGUCCAGAGUCUGCUGAUGCCAUGAUUGCAUUGCUCAUGUCAGAAUCAUAAGGUCAACAGUUUAUAACAUAUCUGGCCAUCAUAGUUCAUGACUUGUACUGGAGAAUGCAUGUUGCAGAAGGGGAAAAGAACCAGAAGCUGUAUGCAAUGGAGCUGCAACCUGGAUAUGUCAGCAAAAAGAUCCUGGAAGAUGAAUGUUAAGACAUUGCCUUGAUGUCGAAGUCCUCAGUCAUCAUUCAAUGAAAAGUUGAGUUGAUUGCACAAGGGUUGAAAAUUCAAUACAGUACUAGACUUGUAUUGUUGAUCUUGACCUCAGUCAGCCUUAGUUGGCGAAGUUGUAUAUCGUAGUACAUGGAAUUUCAUGAGUAUAUGAUGGCCGAUUGCUUGGCAUGAGUCAUGAUCCUCAUGUGCUAAUCACUAAUCAUUCCUUCUAGUAGGACAUGUGUAUUAUUGUGGGGAGAUGUAACUGAUAGUUCCUACGUUAUUAGGUCAUAAUACAUAAUAU